AUGGACAGUGUUGGUGAGGGACGGGAGCAGCCGAUGUUGGAGGAGAUCAGCAGCCACAAGGAGCAUCACUUCACGGCCGGAGAGGUGGUGCGGGACGUCAUCAUGGGCGUGUCCGACGGCCUUACCGUGCCCUUCGCCCUCGCCGCGGGGCUCUCAGGUGCGAGCGCUCCAUCCUCGCUCGUCCUCACCGCCGGCCUUGCCGAGGUCGCAGCAGGGGCCAUCUCCAUGGGACUCGGGGGGUACCUGGCGGCUAAGAGCGAAGCAGACCAUUAUGAGCGGGAGUUAAGAAGGGAGCAAGAGGAGAUUAUCGCGGUCCCUGAAAUUGAGGCUGCUGAGAUCGGAGAGAUCAUGUCGCAGUAUGGGCUCGAACCCCAUGAGUAUGGCCCUGUGGUGAUGGGCUUGCGUAGGAAACCGCAAGCCUGGCUCGAGUUCAUGAUGAGGUUUGAAUUGGGCCUCGAGAAGCCAGACCCUAGAAGAGCCCUGCAGAGCGCUCUCACGAUAGCGCUCUCCUAUGUUGUCGGCGGGCUGGUCCCACUCAUGCCCUACAUGCUCCUUCCCACUGCUCACGACGCAAUGCUCACAUCGGUCGUGGUCACGCUUGCCGCGCUCUUCUUUUUUGGCUAUGUCAAAGGCCGCUUCACUGGAAGCCGCCCACUCUUCAGUGCUCUCCAGACUACUUUUAUCGGUGCCGUUGCUUCUGCUGCAGCAUACGGAAUCGCCAAAGUUGUGCAAGUUUGAAGAUGUUUAGAAUUCUCUCUCAUCCAAAGUUUCACUAGCAUGGAGCGAAUGAAUUCACAAAGAAGAAUGAGAUAGGGAGUAUUUCAUUUAUAUUACGUUCAUAUUUUUUUCCUUUUCUUUGUGUGGAUGUGUUUGUUUGCUUUUGAACUGUCAUGGGUAUGGGUGUCACUUUCGUCCAGCAGUGAAUAAGUCAAGGUGAAGAAAGAUGGCAGAAGAGGAAGACUGUUAUAUGGUGGCUUGCGUAAAUUAAUCUACCGCCCACCUCCGUCUUGAGUAUUUGUACUGUAGUUUCCUUCCGCUGGAAGGAAUUGUGGUAUGUUUAUCUGAGCUAAAUUUAAGAUAUACUUCAUUUGUCAUAUAACAUUUAUACAAUACUUAUCAUUUUAUGAGUACAAAAGUGAAUCACUUGGAGGUGGGUAAAUUUAAAUUUUAAAUCACAUAUUUUCUGUAGCAUUGUACGUUAAGAUGAGGCCAUCGUUGGUAUGUUCCCUUCGAUUGAGCUAGUGGGAUUGAACUACUAAUGUGCUCCGUGCGAGGCUAAAUAAAAAAAAACCAUUGGCAGGAUGGUCCCCAUUUGUUUCUGAGGCUAGGUUUACUAGUACAUAUUACUGUAUUAUCUUGUUAGCGUGUCACGGUAGACACUUGUUGGGCUUGAUCUCGACAUUCAUUUGUUCAAUGGAACGUGGACUUGUGGAAGGAGCACCAUCUUGCCGCGUGCUCUGGUGUCUCCUAUUCAUCUUGAGAUGAUCGUGGACUUGGCGGGGUAGGUUAUGGACAGCCACGACCUUCCGAUCCACGGUGCAUGUUAAGUAACAACCUUGAAUUGUUUUCAUACAGAUCCUUAGUCAAGGAGGCACAUUGUGUCUCAGCGAUCCACGUGUCGCCUUUGCUCAUGUCGUUUUCUUCUCCUUAGGUGUACACUUACAUGAUGUAGUAUAGUCCUUUGGUUGUCUUUGGGAGAUAACAAUUUCAGGGUCGGGUUCACUUCUUGGGGUGUAAGGCUUGCAUGAAGGCAUUAAUCACCUUCAUGCUUGGGGUACCAAAAAUUUACUUUUUUAUGAAAUUUCAUACUCCCAUAUAAUAUAUCAGUGGGUGAACAACACAUUUGACAGUCAAUGUUGCAUUAACUUUCCUUAGAACUUUGCACUGGAGACUUCUUGAAGAUGGUAUCACAACACUGCCGAGUUUUUAAUUGGGUUAAAAAACCAGGCAGAACGGAGAAACCGGCCAUGUUCCAAGUAAGGGUGAGGCCACCAAAUCCAGUUUAUUGUGGAUACCUAUUGUGUGUGCGAGGUAACUUUGUCAAUGAGAAAACUCAGAGAACUGCCUCUCAUGCAAUCUAUGAAGAAAAUCGAGUGCCUCCAGAGGAAGGCACCGUCCUCCCGCUACCUGCCCCCUCCUUUCUCUCGAUAGAAAAACAACAAAUACGACCUACCAAAACCACCCAGUGAUGUAUUUCAAGUUUUCAAAGGUUUUGUGAAGGUUUAGUGUGGUUAGUUUCUACUGUUGUAUGAAGGGAUUUUUUUUCUCAUUUUCUCCUUACAUUGCAUUGCAUGAAAGAGAGGGCUUUCUGCUUAGGAGUGUGGGAACACAAGUAACGCGGUCUAUUGUGUAAUUUAUGAUUUUUUUAUUCAGCUUUGCUUGCGAACUUGUAUUUAACCAUGCACUUUUUGAUCUUUGUUAAGUAUUGGUUGUGUGCAUCACUUGUUGCAGAGGCAGGGGGUAAUCCUUCUUUUCGGAAAAAAAAAAUACACUUACGGGAACGACCACAAGUAUGUUCGGAAUAAGCCACGGCACGAUGGUGACCAGCAUGUGUGUGGGUGUCGGUCGAGUCCGAAUCAAGCUAGUUUGUGGCCAGGCGUGUGGUCGUGAGGCGUCAGGAGUUGUCCUUGCGGCGAUCAGUUGAGCCAGCCGCAACAUACGCGCUGGAACGCGUCGUGUGCACGGCCUGGGUGAGCGAGCCGCUAGG